AUGUCAGUAAUCAGUUGCGUGGGUUAUUUUCUGCUUUUUCUCGUCAAACUGUGUUUAGCAAAGAAACUUGAAAGCUCAGCUCUUGUCGCAAACUCAAUAGACGCCCUUAGUGGUUUUGGAAUGUCGGCCGGUGUGAUAACAAGUGCUUUGGUGUUAGAAUACAUUCGCAAAGCAUGGCUUAUAGAUCCAUGCACCGCGAUUGCCAUCGCUUUAGCGACAGUUAUCUACGGAAUUGAAAUCUUGCUUCGAGUUGAACGAGAAAAGAAGAAAGUCAAAAAAGUUAGAGAAGCCGGUCAAGAGCUUCAGGAGAAAUAA